AUGAAAAGGGGAAAAUCAUUCACGUUGGAACAAGAUGUGGCUAUUUGCAAUGCUCGGUUAAAUAUCUUCCAAGAUCCGUUCAAUGUUGUUUCAAAACCGCAAUAUAAUUUCUGGGAUCGUAUAUACCAAAAUUAUGUUGAGUUAACUGGUGAACAAAAUGUGCGAUCCCAAUGUUCAGUUCAGUCUAGGUGGAAAUCAAUCUUCGGGAGUUGCAAAAAAUUUCAUGAUUGUCUUGCUCGGGUAGAAGAUAAACAAAGUGGAUUGACAGAAUCUAACAAGGUUCUUCGAGCAAAUAUGCUGUACUUUGAGCAUGAGAAGAAACGUUUUGCAUUCAAUCAUUGUUGGGAAAUUUUGCAACAUAAGAUGAAAGAUUUGGUACCAGCUAAGAGUCCUGAUCCUCGUACUAAGGAUAGAGACCCCAACAUCCAUUCCUCAUUCUCCUCGCAUCCUCUGGACCCUAACACACUUGUUUCACCUGAAUCUGAUAAAGAUUCAUAUUAUAUAAUGGAAUCUCGAAAAAGCAAAAGGCCUACAAGAAGAAGAGCUGAAAAAGAAGCACACAGGAGGAGCAAGGUAGUCAAUACUUCGGAUUCUCGCAUUUGCGACUUGAUGGAGCAAUUUACAAAACAAUUGGCAGAGAGUGACAAAAGAAAGGCAGAAGUAGCAGAAAGAAAGGUAAAGGUCAUGGAGGAAAUGAAUGAAAGGCAGCAAAGAGAGCAAGAUGACCGCAUUAUGAGUAUGGACACUUCAAACAUCGGACCACGCGCAAGAGCUUACUAUGAGCACAAAAAGAGUGAUAUUUAUUUCAAAACCAUGGGGCACACUGCAGACAAGUCCAAUAUGGAGGACAAGAGCUAG